AUGAACACGGGGGAUUACCGGGAGGAUGGCAUGGACCUGGGCAGCGACGUCUCCAGUCGCUCCAGCUCGGAGUCAAACUCCAACAAGGUGACGCCCUGCUCCCCAUCCAUCGACCUGGCUGCUCUGGAGGACUAUGAGGAAGAUGAGGACUUCCAGCACUACAAGAAGAAGGUUAUUGAGGAGUGGGAGAGCGAGUACCGAGACCACUACAGUUCCUCUCAGCAUCCUGGUCCAGAGGAAGGUGGAGGAGGUGGAGAUGGGGCCAAUGACCAUAAUGCAAGCUACAUCAAAACAGCAAACAGUCACAUUGAAGAUGAACUUCUCGAUAUAAAGUCUGUGCCAGCCUCUCUGACCCCCAGUGGACAUACAGCCUCAGGCGACUCAAGCCCAGAGGAACUUAAACAGAAUGGAAAUAUGAUUGUGCCACGCAGCAGCCAGCUGCAGCCUCUUGCAGUAGGACAAGAGGCCACAAAGACCACCUCACAACGCAGCUCUGGGCAGGCCCGAGUGAUCCGCUAUGCCAAGGCAGCGACAGAGACAGUGGGGCGUACAGAGAGGUACAGGCAGGACCCAGCUGUGGAGGAGGAGCCUCUGCCCACCAUGGACUGGGCUGCUCUGGAGAGACAUCUGGCUGGUCUGCAGUGCAGAGAGCAGGAAAACCAGAACCUUAACCACAACUACAAUUAUAGCUCUGGCAAAACCAACUACACCUCAGCCCAAAAGAAUGAGAGAGAGUCCAUCAGGCAGAAGCUGGCGUUGGGCAGUUUCUUCGACGAUGGCCCGGGCAUCUACACCAGCUGCAGCAAGAGCGGCAAACCCAGCCUGUCGUCACGGCUGCAGAGUGGGAUGAACCUCCAGAUCUGUUUUGUGAAUGACAGCGGCAGCGACAAAGACAGCGAUGCAGACGACAGCAAGACCGAGACAAGCCUGGACACUCCACUGUCCCCCAUGUCCAAACAGAGUUCGUCGUACUCGGACAGAGACACCACGGAGGAGGACUCGGAGUCUUUAGAGGACAUGGACUUUGUGAGCCGGCAAAAGAAGCUUCAGGCUGAGGCCAAACUGGCCCUGGCGAUGGCCAAACCAAUGGCCAAAAUGCAGGUGGAGGUGGAGAAGCAGAACCGUAAGAAGUCCCCUGUGGCCGACUUACUGCCACACAUGCCCCAUAUCAGUGAGUGUCUGAUGAAGAGGAGCCUGAAGCCCACAGACCUGCGAGACAUGACCGUGGGGCAGCUCCAGGUCAUCGUCAACGACCUGCACUCCCAGAUUGAGAGUCUGAAUGAAGAGCUUGUCCAGUUAUUGCUGAUUCGAGAUGAACUUCACAUGGAGCAAGAUGCAAUGUUAGUGGACAUAGAGGAUCUCACUCGGCAUGCUGAGAGCCAGCAGAAACAUUUGGCUGAGAGAACCGUGUCCAAAUAA